GUGCCCAUCAUCGUUUUCGUGGCGCCGCCCCUCAGUCUCAUUUUCCUAGACUGCUUGCUGUCGUGUGGUCAACUUGGACGUUGCAUACAACGGCCAUCCUGAACUCCAAUGACGGUGCCCAUUCCACUUGAGAAUGACGUCGAGGUCGGCGAGACCAUUCCGCCCAUGACGGCGCACGCUGUGAGCGUCUCGCUACCGACGUGGAGAGCCAAUGUAGGGUACGAAGAAGGCGAAGAGUGGGUCUUGAGCAAGAUGAAAACAGGCUACCCAAGGUUCUUCAUUCACAAGGCGAUUGAACAAUUUGCCGCCGCGGUAGCUGAGCAAUAUGGCCGGCCUGGUGAGCGCGCAAUACUCUUUCCUUCGCACGCUGUCGCCGCAAGGUGUCAAGAAUUCUUCGCCCGCCAAGCCCCAGAAUUGGAUUUAGACCGGGUACGGAUUCUGGAUCUCGUCCCCGUUGCAGAGGGAGCACGAUCAAAAGAGCUUGCCAUUAUCUCUCCAAGGGUGUCUGCUGUGCUGUUUCCCGAAGACAAGUUCAAGAUCGCCAAGACGUUUUGGCAGCAUUCAGGCGACGGAGUUUCGAGCCGGCGUGCAGAGUACUGCCACAGCCUGUUUUCCAAAGGUGCUCUGGUGGAUGAAAGCACUCUGAACGAUACAGCGCGGUUUUGUAAAGGUCCAAGGCGGUACCAGAAGAAAACAUCCAUCGAUUUAGGUAGUUCAACGAACAAGCCUAACGGAACUGCGGAGGUACAAGACCCUACGCAAUUUGUAGAGGAGAGAUUCGGACGCAACCUGGACCUCUCUUUGACGGCGAACGCAAAACUAGCGGUGCGGCGUCGUAUCGCAGGAUCCUUGACCGCGGACGUUGGCUUAACGGAAGCACUCUCAUUAGAAAAGGACGCGGACAGGAUGCGGGAUGUAGCUGGAUUCUCGGAAGAUGAUAUAUAUCUGUAUCCUUGCGGCAUGAGCUCGAUAUUCAACGCUCAUCGAAAUCUCAUGGCAACGAAAGGGCCGCUGAAAAGUAUUGUUUAUGGGUUUCCUUACAUCGACACCUUGAAGAUCGUAGAGAAGUUCGGUCCAGGCUGUCUAUUCUACGGGCUCGGCUCGUCCGAAGAGUUAGACGACCUGGAGAAGCGACUAGAGAACGGCGAACAAUUCCUGGCUCUCUUCACUGAGUUUCCCGGAAAUCCGUUACUGCGUUCUCCUGAUCUUGAGCGCAUCCGCCACCUGGCCGACAAAUAUGACUUUUAUGUGGUUGUCGAUGAGACCAUCGGGAACUUCCUGAACGUUAAUGUGCUUCCUUACGGAGACGUCGUUGUCAGCAGCCUGACUAAGGUUUUCAGCGGCGACAGUAACGUUAUGGGAGGAAGUCUGAUCCUGAAUCCGAAGGGAAGAAGUUAUGAGAAGCUGAAACACACAUGGGAGCAAGAUUAUGAGGACAAUCACUGGGCUGAAGACAGCAUCUUCCUCGAGCGCAAUAGUCGCGACUUCGUCUCACGCAUCGAACGUAUCAAUGACAACGCUGAGGCGAUCUGCGACGUCUUACGUGCACAUCCACGUGUGAAGCAGGUGAACUACCCGAAGCACAGUCCUACGCGACCAUUCUAUGACAAGUGCCGUACCCCCAACGGCGGUUAUGGCGGAUUACUCUCGGCAACCUUCUUUUCCAAGCGAGACGCGGUGGCAUUUUUUGACAACCUUGACACGGUCAAAGGGCCCAGUCUGGGCACGAACUUCACCCUCAGCUCUCCGUAUGUGAUUCUGGCCCAUUAUGGCGAACUGGACUGGUGUGCGUCAUGGGGCGUCGAGGCCGAUCUGGUGCGCUUCAGUGUUGGCUUGGAGGAGACGAGCAAAUUGGUGCAAAUUUUUAAGCGGGCACUUGAAGCUAUCCCGAGAUGAGGAGACCGACGAAUUUCUUCACCGAUCAUAGAGUAAGCGUACACUAAGCCAAUUCCACCUGCGAACGCUUGAUCUCGAAGUUCAAGCCAUAGCGUG